GUUUGUUGGACUUCUGUCAAACACAGUAAAAGCGAGCGAGCGGAAACAACUAGCGUAGAAGCGCCGCUGCAGAGACCGAGACCUCUUCUUGUACGCAUUUUUACAGCAAACGAAAAAAAGAGUGAAAUAUAACCACUUCCAAAACAAUGGAGGAAUACAUCGAUCUGUCCGGUGAUGGGGGCGUGCAGAAGCGCAUCCUACAGGAAGGUACCGGCGACGAGACGCCAUCGAAAGGAUGUUCCGUGUCACUGCACUACACCGGCACACUCGACGCCGAUGGCAAGAAGUUCGACUCGAGCCGGGACCGCAACGAACCGUUCCAGUUCGACCUCGGUACCGGUGGGGUUAUCAAGGCGUUCGAUAUUGGCGUCGCAUCGAUGAAGCUGGGCGAACGGUGCAUCCUGAAGUGUGCGCCCAAGUACGCGUACGGCAGUUCCGGCAGCCCGCCCAACAUACCGCCGAACGCGACGCUCAACUUCGAGCUGGAAAUACUCGGCUGGAAGGGUGCGGAUCUGAGCCCCAAGUCGGACGGUGGCAUACAGCGAUUCAUACUCCGGGCCGGCACGAGCCGGAAGCAUCCGAAGAGUGGCGACCUGGUGAAGGUGCAUCUGGUCGGACGCCACGAGGGCCGCGUAUUUGAGGAGCGCGAUGUGGAGUUCUGCAUGGACGAGGGAAAGGAGUUUGGUGUGGUGGCGGGCGUGGAGGUGGCACUGGAAAGCUUCAGCAAAACGGAAAUGAGUCGGCUGGUGCUAAAGCCGGCGUACGCGUUCGGUGCGGAAGGUAACAGCGAGCUCGGUGUCCCGCCCAAUGCCACCGUCGAGUAUACGGUCACGUUGAACGAUUUCGAAGUGCUGGCGAACCGGUCAAUGAUGACGCAGGAGGAAAUGACUGCCCAGGCGAAGCUGCUGCGUGAAAAGGCCACCAAGUACCUGAAGGAGGACAAGCACGAGCUGGCGCUGAAGCUGUAUAACAGUGCGCUGUCGUACCUGACCGAUCAGUCGGCCGAGGCGGACGCGAUGAAGUUGGCCAUACACCUCAACAAAGUUCUGUGCCACCAAAAGAUGAAUGCGCACGACGAGGCCAAGCUUGCGUGCGCUGAAGCGUUGAAGGUGGACAGCAAAAACGUUAAAGCGCUGUACAGGCGAGGCAUGUCCAAUCUGGCGCUGGAAGACUUAGAUAAGGCCCUGCAGGACUUUUCUGCCGUGUUGGAAAUCGAACCGGAAAACAAAGCAGCCCUUAACCAGGUGGCGAUUUGCAAGCACAAGAUCAAAGCCUACAACGAUCAGCAGAAGAAGGUGUUUGCGAACAUGUUUACGAAGUUUGCGCAGAGUGACUCGAAGUAAAUACAAUUAUUUGCUGUUAAUUUCCAAGUGCCUGUCCUUGGAGGCACCAACGCAGAACACAAAUUGGACUGAAUUAGAAUCAAAGAUAGAACCCAGCACGGAAAAUUGCAUUAGGAGGGAAAACAGCUACACUCACACACCUUCACCUGCCUCUUCUUUCGCUGACUAAUAAAAACCCCGCCACUGAUACUCACACAAACAAAUCCCGUCCCACAAAAAAAAAAAACGUAUCCUUUCGCCAGAAAGCACAGGAGGAGCAGAGCCGCCAGCCGGAUGUGAUGAAGCAAAAGUUUGGCGAGUGGGGUGACGACGAACGCGAGCACGAGCCGACACGCUUCGAGCAGGAAAACCCGGACGUCAUCAUGCUGAACGAUUUGCACAAGCAGUUCCGGAACAUGUGAGCUGCUUCCGUCGUUCGUCGCCAAUAGCAACCGGUUGUUCGCCGCAUGAAGUAGGAGCAGUGAUUAACUAACACCGGCACCAUCCGUAUGACGAUAUAGAACGGAGCAAAUCUUUUGAAUAGAUCUUUUUACUUCCAAGGAAGGAAGACAUCGUGGUGUAUAAGACGUUGUGGAGCCGAAAAACACACACACGCAAGCUCUAUAUUUUUUGCUAUCGUAGGUUUGGGGAAAGGAGAAGAAUGCGCGAACGGGCAAGUAAAUUACGAACUGCAUUGUGGAUCGCUGAGUGUAGUGGGUAGAACGUAAUAAACUCGAAACAAACUAUUC